CGGCCUUUUCCGAAUCUUAUCCAUCCAACCAAAACCCGGUUUCUUGAGUCCUUCAAUGCCACUGCUGUUCGGGCGCAAUAAUUCAAAUUACAGUUUAAUCCGCCGCGAAAAUGGAGCUCCAUGGGCUCAGAGGUUCAAACCCUAAAGCGGCGCUUUCUUCAAUCUUAAACAAGAGGCAGAAGCUUCAAGAUGAGCUCCGGAAGGUUGAGAAACAGGUAUAUGAGUUAGAGACAAGUUAUCUGCAAGAAAGUGGAACCUUUGGGAAUGCAUUAAGAGGCUUUGAAGGGUUUCUAUCUUCCUUAAAUAAAAAUUCAAACCUGAAGAGAUCAAGAAAAUUUCAACUUGAAGAUAGAUUAUUUUCGCUCUCCUCAGUGACUUCACCUGCGGCUGAAGAACUUGGACUGAGACGAGAAGAUGGAAAACUGGAUCACGGCCAAGGUCGUUCCAAGUCUGGAGGCAUAACAAUAAAUGGACCGCGGAAACCGAAAAAAGGAAGAACAGUGCCAAGAGAUGUAAAAAAAGUCAGGAGGGGUUCUGAUGACUUGGAUGUUGAUGAUGAAGAAGAAGAUGAUGAAGAUCCAGAUAUGAUGAGCUUCAGAUAAACUAGUUCCCCAUUUGAAACUAUUGCAGGCAAUUUAACUUUUCUGUUGUACCUUAUUGUACUAUAUCAUAAAAAAGGAUGAAUCUAAUCUAGUCCCUAGGUUCCUUUCCGAACCGCCGAACAAUUAUCUAGCAGGGAAUAAAUUGAACUAUAAUCUUAAUCUGACAAAUAAAAAGUGUGAUGUACGCGUAAGUGUUGGUUUUGUAGAGGCUAAGAUACAUUU